UGUGGCACCUAGAGCAUGUGAACAGAAAAAGAUUCAUAACUUUUGAAAGAAGAGUCAUACGCACAAAUCCUCUAGACUUUUUACUAGAACACUAUCCUCUAUCAAUUGACAUAUAUAUCAUUAAAAACGGAAGGCGACAUGUGAAAACGUCCCUUCGUUAGUAGCAGAUGUAUAUGAUUUUGUUGAUUUUUUUCAUUCGAUAUGUGAUUUUGACAUGUCGCAGCUUUGACCACACUAAAAGCUGAAGUUACUAGCAUGCAAUUCUUGCGAUCUGAAGUUUGGGAUAUUUCUGGUGUGCACUAUAAUUGAACUAAUGAACAGAAGAGGAAAGCUCUUGGUUUUUUUAAAACAUUCUGGCAAGAAGACCACCUUAUGGAGAUUCAUAAAAAUGAAUGAAUUUACAUGAACAACGUCUGUUUCAAUAUUAUCGUUGUACCUUUCAUAGCUUUAUACGAACAUAAUGAACAAUAAUGCUUCUAGCCACAACUUCAACAUAUCAACAAAAGCCAUUAUCUUACAUGUGAAGCCGAAGGAAAUACAAGUCAUCUAGUCAAUUGUACUAGAUUAGACUAUGUUGCUGCAUAUAUCUCAAAUAAAAAAGGCUGAAUUCAUCGUCAGAUUGACUUAAGGCGUAAGUUUUGUCAUCAUUAUGUUUCUGAUAUAGUAGUACAAUCAACUUAAUUUUAAACAGUUUUCUCUUAUGACUAGUCAAGCACUGUUGUUGGUCCGUAAAACGAUGGAUCAUGAACGUCUACCAUCCUUUUUUAACUUUUAUCUUUUUAAGCAAUGUGGUAGGUUAGGUUAGUUUUUCCUCAUUAGCUAAGCACAUUAUCAUUGUUCAGGUGAGAUUACAAACUUGAUAUUAUUCUCUAGUAAAAACAUUUGAGCUUUUGUUGUUUCUGUUAUACAUUUAAAGUAAACGUUAUCUUUUGUAUGACACAUCAUACUCACACGGUGAUUAUAGAAGAGUAAUAUGAUAUUAAAUAUACGCACGAUAUAGAACAAGAAUGAAUAGCGUUUUAUUCUUCUCUUUCUUCUCGUUUUUUUUUCACUUGUUAAUAUUUCAAUCAGAACACAAUGACAGGUAAAAGAAAAUGAAAUUUAAUACAACGAUUCUUCUCUUCACUGAUAACACGUGCUGUGGUCUUUAGACAAGUACCUUCAUGCCAUUUGUUCUCAAGAGAAAUAUCCCCCAGUGAUACUCGAACCUAAAACAAAAGGAAGAUAAGAUAUAGUAUUAGGGAAAAUUGGCGAUUGAGAGAGCAAUAGUUGGAUGGUAGUGAGUAAUUAGGCGCUAUUUUCAGUUAAACGUGCACAUUCGGUUCCAUAGGGCAUCAGCAGGAAAUAAAAAUUGCUAAGAGAUGUUUAUCCUUAAUUCUUCUUUUUCUUCAUCAUUCUUAAAAUAAAAGUACGAAUCGCCCUCUGAAAAUAACUGUUAAAAAUUGAGAAGAAAGUCAAAAGUUGCUAAACUCAUAUUACUCGACUGAUAUUAUUCGAAAGUUAUAUAUAAGAACAUUUAAUUAUUUUAACAAAUGAUUUUGCAUAAAAAUGCUACUAUCCUGAUGAACAUGUACUGAAUAUUGCAUCCUAUAAAAUAAAAAGAUCUUCUAAUGAAAAUGUAUAACUAGAAACAGUCUAUCUCAAACUCUAAAGUACGAAUUAGAAAUGAUGAAAAGGUGAAUUCCGGAUCAUUUUACAGACUCAGCAACAUAUUGCAUAGGCCGGGAGAGGCAACUCCACCUCCGAAGUUGAGAAUUUUCUCAGAGGAGUUGAAAUUGAGUUGAUUCUAAGUUUUCCUCAACUCCUAUUCCGUAACUCCUACUUGAAGCUGUCGUGACUGCGAAAAUUUUCACUUUUUUGAAUUAUUGAAAUGAUUUUUUUUUGUGAAUAGUCAUAUUUCAACAAAAUAAAGAGGUGGUAAUAAAAUAGACAGUAAAGAAGUUAAAAGACUUAUGCGAAGGUAAACUUUCGUAAAUUCGGAAUGGGAGUUGGGUUUCUCAGAGUUGAAGUUAAGGGUGGUCGGAGUUAUCCCAUCUUUGAAAGGGAAUAAAAAAGAAAGAGUUCAUCAGGAGUUUAUUGCUUUUAUCAAUUAGAGUAAUAAUCAAAACAGAAAUAUUAAAAACAUUCUCGAUAUCCUCGAAAGCUUAAAUUGCUUCCUCGAAGUGCCAUUUUCCGAUGGAUGUGACAGUUACAUUUUGAACCGUCGAUUCACUCAUCGAAAAUCUGGAUUGCGAGAGUAUCGCUAUAUUUUCAUAGAUAUAGCUGAUUUUAAGGGACACCUAUGAUUUAAGAAGAAACAAAAGGACACCAAUAGCUGCAGAAUUAUAAAAUUUGUUACAAUAUCCUAUUUUAUAAAGAUGAUUCUUUCUUUGUUUAUAUACCUAUUGUAAAUUUAGACAACAAACACCAUUUGGAACGACAUACCUCGCAUUCUCAGUCUGUACGUAUUCAACUUUUAGUAUCUGAUUGAUGGGAGGUUCGGCCGUUGCAAACUGAUAAAAAACCUGUAUACCAAAACCUUUUGUCAAAUAAAUGGCUGCUAAAUAAAUAAAGAAGAGAAAAGUUGAUUUGAUUCGGGCCCUAAAAAGGUUCGCUGUAGGUUUUCGAUCAUAAAGAUUCGAAUGCGCAUAUGCUCAUAUGUCAUACGGGGGUAUGUAUGUGUGACAGUUUUUUUCAGAAUGCCAUCUUUUCAACCUAUAACGUAUGCAAUGUACAGAUUUCCACAGAACUUUCAGAAAACUUCGUGAAAAACAACUAAAAUAAGGUUCUAAACAAAUAAAAAUUAGUACAUACGACAGAAGAUCAUUUACAAGUACAGUGUGUUCUUACAGAGGAUCAAACUGGUCAGUAGUAGAGGUCUAACAGUGCUACUUCUCAGAUUUAUGAAAAGCGGUGAUCAGUUUCAGUUUACUACAAACCAAAGGUUGAACCGAUUCAAAAGAACAAAACUGGUAUUAUUACACUCCUGAUCAAUAGGAAGAUACUCUCACACACGUUCACUCACUUCAUCAAGAUUUGUAUACGUUCCAUAAAAAAUUAAAGUUUUUUUUAAAGCACAUUUAUUUAUCCGGCACCUAAAAUCUGCAAAGUUGCUCAGUCAAAGCAAAACGUCAACGUUUCGGUGUAUCUUUACGCCAGACACUACUUUAAUAUUCCUGUAAAAGCCACUAAGUUUCGUGUCUGUUAGGACGAGUUCUUAAUGAUGAGUUUUUCGAAAAUUCUUGCCGAAAAUCUGAUUUAAUACGCUAGAGUAAAACAAAUUUGAUCUCAGAUUGUUUGGUAUGAGAGAUCGUUCACUGUUUGGUACUCUUCCAAUAGUUAUACGGAAGUCUACGUAGCAGUAAUGAGUGUCAAUUUUUUUAUACAAAAUUAUGGCAAAAAACUAAAUUUGUGGUCGAACUCAUACAAAGUUUUUCGCUCGUUUCAAUCAACAAUGUUAGAAAAAUUCAGAUUUAAUGAUGAUAUCAAUCUUUCGAUACUCAGGAUUGUUGAAAACAGGUAAAAUUGUCUAUUGCGAGCUAAUGCCCUAGUAAUAAAGUUUUCGUACAGAUGUAUACAGUACAGAAACGUAGACACAUUAUGUAGAAAAAAAUGAUUAUCUAUUUCGAGCAGAUGAUAAUUAUAAAUUACUCUCUGACCUUUACUAUGCGACGUACUGAUACUUCGUUAUAGUGCUGAUGAUAUAGUAAUCUAUAAAAUAGUUUUUAAUUAUGUAUUAUUUGUAGGAUAUUGAUUAUGCAGCUGCCGAAAUACUCGCAUUUAAUUCAGGUCGCUAUGUUCGAUUUGAUCAAGAGAAACCUGUUCUCAAAUUGUACAAAUUUUAUUAUUCUAAUUUAUGGCAAGGAAUUAUACUUGUCGCCGAUUUACUUCUACUCAUUUUACCAUGUAUUGAAGAUCCACCUUUUUUCAAAAAUGUUCAUAUUGCAGUAGUGAUUACGUUAGAAUGUAUAUCAUUGACCAUUAUGUUUAUCGCCUUUAUAUUAUCGAUGUAUCAACAAAAUAGGGGUAUACUACUUAAAGAAGCUGUUUAUCCUUAUGUAUUCUGCGUCGUAUUUCUUUUAAAUGUCAUAGAUAUGAUUACCUUCUAUACAUUAAAAUUACAUGGUAAAUCAUUUGUUAGAUGGUCAAGACCAUUGAGAGUGCUGUAUCCAUUCGCACUGCAAACAGGACAAAAUGAUUAUAAAAUUGAAAAAAUUCUAAGAAGUAUUAGAUUUUUAUAUCCUACUGAAUUUCACUUAGGCACAAUUCGUCGUAUAAUUCGAAAUAUUCUACGAACAUUACCUAAUAUUGCCAAUGUUCUAUUCUUAUUUUUACUUAGUAUACUCUCAUUUACACUUGUGGGAGUGGGAAUUAUUAGAAAAAAGGGAUUACGCUACCCAGAUGGAAGUCUAUAUUUUAUUGAUUACUUUGAUACAGCCUGGGAUUUAUAUGUUCUAACGACAACAGCCAAUAAUCCAGAUGUCAUGAUGCCAGCAUUUAAUGAAAGUAUAUUAUAUUGUCUAUUCUUCAUUGGAUUUUUAUUGGUAAAUUUGUAUUUAUUUAUGAAUUUACUAUUGGCUGUUACAUUUUCAAAUUAUAAACAACAUCUACAGUCUUUGCAAAAAUGUCGAGCAUUAUUCCUGCGUGUUCUUGCUGCACUGACGAUUUAA